UCUCUUCCGCCCCCAUCUUCUCCGUUCUCCAUGGCCUCCUUCCCAGUCAUCGUCUACUGUACAUCCCUCCCCAAGUUCUAGAAAUCUCUCUCCUCCCGGUUCCCCUGCUGCUCCUUCUCCAUUUUCUCCUACCACUGGAUCAACUUUGGCAUCCAACAACUUCACGGUCAAUUGUAGUCCAUCUACUCAGAAGAAAAAAGGCAAUGCCAAGGAUACCUAGAAGACUAUGGAACAUGAACUUCGAAGAUGAGGUUGACGAAAACGAGCAGGAAGAUGAAGAUAGCACACAAGGUCCUUCAAAGCUCAACACUCUACUUCCUGCAGGGAGACCAGAACUGAAUAGGUCAUUAAAAAUAAUAUGGCCAAAUGGAGCGACUAGAGAGGUUUUUACAAGUUUCCGAACUGCUGAACUGUGGAAUCUGAAUGGAGGAAGGGUACUAGUUGAAACUGAUGAGAAUGGGAUCCCAAAUCAAUGGUCUCAAUCCAUUCUCUCCUCAUACCUAGGAGAGCUAGCACAGAAUUCAUCAUUUGCACCAUUACACAUUCCAAGAUGGGAUAGCCGAUUGUUCAAAGGGCCAAAGGAACGUAUCAUCAAAGAUGUUGAGAAAAAAUUUGUGUACAGUGUGGAGACAAAAUUGUUCACUCGAGAUUGGAUCCUUAAGACUGUGAAUAAAAGAUGGAGAGACUACAAGUCAUACUUGAAGGCAAAAUACUAUAAUCCAGAUGAGAGAACCUUGGAGCAAAUUGAAAAAGACGUCCCAGAUAAUGUUAAUGAAAACCAAUGGAGUUCUCUGUUAGGACUAUGGUGCAGUGAUGCACACAAGAAAUUAUGUCGGACAAAUGCUGAAUCUGGAAAGAAGCAAAGGCAUCCACAUACAAGUGGGAGGAAAAGCCAUGCUAGACUAAAAAAGGAGAUGGAAGAUAGGAAGAAAGAAAAGGUCAGUAAAAUUGAUCUAUGGGAUGAGACUCAUAAGAAAAAGAAUGGGAACUAUGUCAAUCAGAAUGUGCAGAGACUUAUGGAUAAAGCUUUUGAAGAAAUAGAGAACAGAAGACAAAACAAUGGGGCACUUUGUUCUAGAGAUUAUGAUGAUGUAUUUGACAAAGUUAUAAGUAAAGAGCUUAAGGUUCAUGGGUACUAUGAUGAUCAGUACUGGAACCAAGGAUCUGAUACUGGUGUACAAUCAGAGGAGGAUAAAAUGCAUAGAAGGGACCUACAACUUGCUAUUUCUGAGUUUAAGGCUAUGCGUACAUUCCUAGAAAAAAAGUUUCCUGGAGAGGACUGGAAAAGCACAAGCACAGCUAUUGAAAAUACUACAGUUGAUGACAGGGUGGUCAAUGAAACUAUUUCAGCAGAGUAUUUCAAUGCUGGAGAAUCCAACUACGGCAUACCACCUUCAUCAACCAAUGAGCAGAUGCAUGUUGAAAAUUGUACUAUUGCUAGCAAGGGUUGUGUUGAGAACACCAAGGAAGUAAACGAGGAAUGCACAGAUGUUUCACUAUCUGCAAACGAAGAAGGGAUUCCUAUGGCACCUCAAAGCAAAGUACUGGAACAAAACAAAUCACUGCAGAAGCAAAAGAUGGUCUUGUUGUUUUCAACAAGGAAAAGAAAUAAAGGUCAAGUUGUUGCUAUUGGUAAUUUAAUAUCAAGAGAUAGCACCGAUGAGAUUGGAGGAGCUGUGCUUGGGGAUGGAUAUUUCUGUGUUGCUAUUCAAUGCCUUAACAAUGUUGAAGAUGAAAGAUUACCUCGACCUUAUGGAGAUAUUAAAACUGUAGAGGAUGCUGUAGGAAUGUGUGUUGCUUGGCCACGCACACAUAUUAAGAGAGUGAAGCCUAAAACCAAAAAGCGCACUUCAAAGGAGCAAUGAAGAAGAUUGUUCAAAAGGGCACUUCACUAAAGAUUUAAGGAGCAAUGAAGAAGCAUGCAUAUUGGAGUUGUUCUAGAAAUAUAUGUUUAGGAUAUCAAUUUGUUCAUCGAGAUGUCUUAGGAGAUUGUUCAAACGGACCUAAUUCGUUCCUUCAAUCCAUUUUGUAUUUAGUGAUUGCUUUGUAUGCUUGUUAUGAAGCACAAUCUUACUGAAUUUGUUUUUUAUAUAUAUACAUAAA